GGUGCUGCGCCGCGAACAUGGCGUCGGAGGGGAUGAUCCUGACGAACCACGACCACCAGAUCCGCGUCGGCGUCCUCACAGUGAGUGACAGUUGCUUCAGGAACCUUGCCGAGGAUCGUAGUGGGAUAAACCUUAAAGAUCUGGUCCAAGACCCUUCUUUGUUGGGUGGGACUAUAUCUGCAUACAAGAUAGUGCCAGACGAAAUAGAAGAAAUCAAGGAGACGCUGAUAGAUUGGUGUGAUGAAAAGGAACUUAAUUUGAUUUUAACAACCGGAGGAACAGGGUUUGCACCACGAGAUGUCACUCCAGAGGCCACUAAAGAAGUAAUAGAGCGAGAAGCCCCGGGGAUGGCCCUGGCAAUGCUGAUGGGAUCACUUAAUGUUACACCUCUGGGCAUGCUCUCUAGGCCUGUGUGUGGAAUCAGAGGGAAAACUCUCAUAAUUAAUCUUCCAGGUAGCAAGAAAGGGUCACAGGAAUGCUUUCAGUUUAUACUGCCAGCCCUACCUCACGCCAUCGAUCUCUUGCGGGAUGCCAUUGUCAAAGUAAAGGAGGUACACGAUGAGCUGGAAGAUCUGCCUUCACCACCACCUCCUCUUUCUCCUCCUCCAACCACCAGCCCUCACAAACAGACAGAAGACAAAGGAGUGCAGUGUGAGGAAGAGGAGGAAGAGAAGAAGGAUAGCGGAGUUGCCUCAACAGAGGACAGUUCUUCUUCACACAUAACAGCAGCAGCCAUUGCAGCUAAGAAGCAUCCAUCCUAUACCAGUGCAGCUGUUAUCAUGGCUAAAGGUCACCAGCCCAUCCCUGCUCUCAUCAGUUAUUGCCAUCACGCAGCAGGCAGUGCAGGAGAUCUGAUUCCAGAUUCCAUCAUCUCUCGUGGUGUUCAGGUUCUCCCACGUGACACAGCGUCCCUCAGCACUACUCCUUCAGAAUCUCCUCGUGCCCAAGCCACCUCUCGCCUCUCCACUGCAUCCUGCCCAACACCAAAACAAAUUAGACGGCCGGAUGAAAGCAAAGGAGUUGCUAGUAGAGUUGGAUCCCUCAAAGUCCAGUCUAGGUGCAGCAGCAAGGAGAACAUCCUCAGAGCAAGUCACAGUGCUGUUGACAUUACCAAGGUAGCAAGAAGACAUCGCAUGUCUCCAUUCCCAUUGACAUCUAUGGACAAGGCCUUCAUCACAGUUCUGGAGAUGACCCCAGUGCUUGGAACAGAAAUCAUCAAUUACAGAGAUGGAAUGGGGCGAGUCCUUGCUCAAGAUGUGUAUGCAAAAGAUAAUUUACCACCAUUUCCAGCAUCAGUAAAGGACGGUUAUGCUGUCAGAGCUGCUGAUGGUCCAGGAGAUCGAUUCAUCAUAGGGGAAUCCCAGGCUGGUGAACAGCCAACUCAGACUGUGAUGCCUGGUCAGGUAAUGCGUGUUACAACUGGUGCUCCCAUUCCUUGUGGUGCUGAUGCAGUGGUGCAAGUGGAAGAUACAGAGCUCAUCAGGGAAUCAGAUGAUGGCACUGAAGAACUAGAAGUUCGAAUCCUGGUGCAAGCUCGACCAGGCCAAGAUAUCAGACCCAUAGGACAUGACAUUAAAAGAGGUGAAUGUGUGCUGGCAAAAGGAACCCACAUGGGUCCGUCUGAGAUUGGUCUCUUAGCAACUGUUGGAGUAACUGAAGUAGAAGUUAACAAGUUUCCAGUGGUUGCAGUAAUGUCAACAGGGAAUGAGCUGCUGAAUCCUGAGGAUGACCUCUUGCCAGGAAAGAUUCGGGACAGUAACCGUUCCACCCUCCUAGCUACAAUCCAAGAACAUGGCUAUCCAACAAUCAACUUGGGAAUUGUGGGUGAUAACCCAGAUGAUUUACUGAAUGCACUGAAUGAGGGUAUCAGCCGUGCUGAUGUGAUCAUUACAUCAGGAGGUGUAUCUAUGGGGGAAAAGGACUAUCUUAAACAGGUGCUGGAUAUUGAUCUUCACGCACAGAUUCACUUUGGCAGAGUUUUUAUGAAACCUGGCCUGCCAACAACUUUUGCAACUCUGGAUAUUGAUGGCGUAAGAAAAAUAAUCUUUGCGCUCCCAGGCAAUCCUGUGUCAGCUGUCGUCACCUGCAAUCUCUUUGUUGUUCCUGCACUGAGGAAAAUGCAGGGUAUCCUGGAUCCUCGGCCCACCAUCAUCAAAGCCAGGUUAUCAUGUGAUGUAAAAUUGGACCCCCGCCCAGAAUAUCAUCGGUGCAUUCUGACUUGGCAUCACCAAGAACCACUACCUUGGGCACAGAGUACAGGGAAUCAGAUGAGCAGUCGUCUGAUGAGUAUGCGCAGUGCCAAUGGACUGUUGAUGCUACCUCCAAAGACAGAGCAGUAUGUGGAGCUUCACAAGGGGGAGGUGGUGGAUGUCAUGGUCAUUGGAAGGCUAUGAUGUCACCAGCAAGAACGAAGCUUUGAUGCAUGUCCACAUAUCAUUGACUGUAUCCUGUAAUAUGCAACGGCACAGCUAGUUUUUCCGAUUUGGAUAAAAGUUGAUCAGUAUAGUCAACAUCUUGAAAUAUAUUUCAAAUGGAAUUUAAAUAAAUACCUUUUAAAAAAAAAACUUUAAAACAAAUCUUAACAAAGAAAUUUAUUCUGAUUAUAUCAAAGCAACUUUUUCCUUUUCUUGCAAUUGCUUUGUGUGUUCAAUGCUAGUUCUAAUAGCGGUAGCUUUUAGUAGACAGCAGUAGGUGCCUGCAGAACUUGUGUUUUUUCUCAUCUUUAAGAUACAACUACUUACGCUCUUAAAACAAGGCUGUCUGCUUAUUUAUACUAGCGUAGACAACACUUGGAUUUCCCUUAUUAGUAUGCUUCAUAACCGCUUCACAGAGAGCUUCUGCUUGUUCUUUAUCUUGUAUCUCGUGUUGAUGUGCACAGUGCCAAAAGCAGAGUGGCUGCACUGGGAACCCAAUGAAGCCCCGAGGUUUUCUCACCUCGCCGCGCAUUCAGGGAUGUCUCUUGUCCCAGCAGCCACCCAGCUCAGUACUCUUGGGCAGUAACUGGAUACCUUUUAUUUCAACAAACAAAAAAAUUGCUUCCUUAAGUGCUGACAGCCUUUUUAACCAAUACAUUUAAAAAUGUACAGAACUAAAAACUAAAAAAAUCAAAGACUGAUCUUGUACAGAUAUUAGUGUUACCAGCAUUCGUGUGGAAAUUAAAUGAGCAAAGAAAUAAAACUAAUGUUAAACAACUCUGUACCAUAACAUUUUCUGUAAUGAUAUUGAAACUUAAAUGAAUAAAAAAAAUCCUCAAUCAUUAUUUAAAA